CCCAAGGCGCUGAAAAGCCCUCCCAGGGAGGAAUAAGGACCUCCUCCCUGCGUCACCACCCAGGAAGUGUCACCGUGGCAACCGCAGCGGCAAACAAUGCUGCCAAGAAGGACUUCUCUCCAGAGCUGCCCCUCCUGGUGGUCAGGCCCAGAAGAAUGGCCAGCAACGUGCAGAGGUCACCCUCAGGGCAGAGUAACCCAUCCCGCGUCAGGGAACCUUUUCUGAAGAUGGUCCGCGCCCGCGAGCCCCUCCCGCCCCGCCGCUCGAGGGCCCGGAGCGAGCUCCUCCUGCCCCUCGCGCCCUGCGAGCCGCCCGGCUUCACCCCCCAAGCCCGCCGCCAGCUGGCCCCGGAGCUGCCCGCCCGCACGGAGAUGAAGGCCAAGGUGCGCCAGCGAACGGCCUCCCCGUGCAGGGACGAGGCCCCGCACUCCUGGGGCUUCCACACCUGGCUGGACGCGGGGCGCCUGCCCGCCGCCUUCCGCUCCAGGCCGGACAGGCCCUACGACAGCAGCGUCUGGCGCUGGCUGACGGACGCCAGGGCCCACGGCCGCCCCCCAGCGGAGGCCCCCGUGCCCCCUCCCUCCUGGAUGGGCCAGAACAGCUUUCUGACCUUCAUCGGCUCCACCCCUAUUUUCCUGGACCCAAACAGGAAGACCCAGGUGAUGCUCAGGACGGUGAAGGAGCUGAGGGAGGUGGAGAAACUCAAGCUAAGGAGUGAGGCAAGGGCGCCUCCCCUCGAUGCCAAUGGCAACAUCCUGCCCCCAAAGACCUUCCAGAAAUACCGGCACAUCUCAGCUGGAGGAAGUUGUGAGCCCCGGGGCCUCCAGCUCAUACCCAACCCACUCCCCAGUGACCUUGCCAGGAGCUGGCCCUGCCCCAACCUGCUGCCUCAUUACCAGGAGAAGGCGCUCACGCUGGCCUUGCUGCCCAGUGUGCCUCUGAGCCGGGACCUAGUGAGGAGUUACCAAAUCCUGCUCCAGGACCAGGUGGCCUUGCCCCUCCGCCAUCUCUCCAGGGCCCAGCUUGGCAGGACCUGCACAGGAAAGAGGAGACCUGGGCACGUCUAGGAGAGCCUCCAGGCGAUGGAGGGCUGCGGCGGGCACGACCCCUGGGCUCCAGUGUUCUCCCCGAUGCAACUCCAGCAGGAAGCCUCUGCGGGCUGCAGGACUCUGCCUUCUGGGGAACAGAGCCUGUCCACCAUGCCCCCAACUUCAUGUGUACCCCAGGCUCCCAGAGACGCUGCUGAAAGCCUCAGUUGUUCUGUCUUCCUUGGAGGACCCUCUCAUGGCAGGCGGGAGGACCGAGAGUGGUGGGUGCAGCAGGGAGGGCAUGGGGAUCCAGCUCCCAGGGACAGAUGAGGCAUGGGGAGGGAGAAGGGGUGCAGGGUGGGGGUAGGGGAGGCGCUGGAAGAAACGUGAUCAAGACAAAGUCACCUCUGCUCUUGUAACCCAUUUGGAGCAAGACUGAGAUUGCUCAAAAUACAGGAAGAUUUUUAGGCAAAAAUAACCUCUAUUCCACCCCUCUCUGGGCCAUUUGAUGUCCAGACAAAGACCAGAAGCAACCCCAAUGGGGUUUGGGGGAGCAGAGGUCAGGCCCAGGCUGGGCUAGAGGAUGGGGCAUCAGGUCUGAGAGAGGCCACUAGGCCUCGGUGGAGGGGACAGGAGAACAAAGUGGGACUCAAGGUAAAAGUCACAGCAUCAUCUUGGGGCAUGGGCCCUGUGCGACUGAUGACCCCAGAGGCCUCAGCCUUGGUGGCAGAGGGACCAGAGACACGUGGCCUCAGGUGGAGGCAGGCAAGCCUCAGGGGUCAGAAGGGUGCUGUCCAGCUGGGGUGGAGAGUCCGGGGGAGGGGCAGUGGGGCAUGUCCAAAGAGGGAGCAGUGGCCAGGGCCCGCCUCCCCUCCCCCGCCCCAUCACAGCCACUGCUGGGCUUCUCCUGGCCUUGGCCCAUUGCCUUCUUUGCCCGCUUUCUCAAGCCCUGCAAGAAUCACCUGGGACUCACCACCACCAGGUUCCAGUCCUGCUUUAACUGCGAAUUAGUUGUGCCCCAUGGGAAGGUCGUCCUUCCCUGUCCUCAUCUGCACCGUGGGAGCCACUGGGGCAUAAAGAAGAGGAGUAAAUGAAAGAAGCAAGUGAAGUAGCUGCAAAGUGCCCGGCCCAGGGUAGGCCCGCCCUAAACACAGCUGUCCAUCUUCACCCACGGGAAAAAGGAAUACACUUCUAGUGGAAGACACGGGACACAAAAAGCUGCGAAUCGUGUGAUCCGUUCCUGUGACUCAUCCAGAGCAGGCGAAUCCGUGGAGACAGAAGGU